AGCAGAAACACACCUGUUGUCUACUACGGUUGUCUUCAAUCAGCAGAAAGAAUGGCGUACAGAGGCAGCGUGAGACCUUUCGUUAACUUCAACCCCAAACACGAUGCUGAAAUACUCCAUAAAGCCAUGAAAGGAAUAGGUACGGAUGAAGACGUCAUCCUCAUGCUUCUGACUUCACGCAGCAACGAUCAACGCCAGGAUAUUAAGGCGGCGUACAAAAAGGCUCACGGAAAAGACUUAGUCAGUGCUCUGAAAUCGGAGCUCGGUGGGCUGUUUGAGAGUUUGAUCGUGGCCUUGAUGACCCCGCCUUCCUCCUAUGAUGCUUCCCAACUGCACAAGGCUCUGAAGGGCGCCGGCACUGACGACGAGGUGCUGAUUGAGACACUGGCCUCCAGGACCGGCGAGCAGAUUAAAAAUAUUGUCAAAGCGUACAAGAAAGAGUUCAACGGAAAGCUGGAGAAGGAUAUCUGCGGUGACACCUCUGGGCACUAUCAGAAACUGCUGGUGAUCCUCCUGCAGGGGAGCAGGGAGGAGGGAGUGGAUGAGGAAAGGAUUGACAAAGACGCGAAGGCCUUGUUUGAUGCUGGUGAGGGAAAGUUUGGCACCGAUGAAGAACAAUUCAUUACAAUUCUUGGCAACAGGAGUGUAGAACAUCUCAGAGAAGUGUUUGAUGCCUACAAGAAGCUCUCUGGCUCUGAACUAGAGGACAGCAUUGAGGGAGAGACCACUGGGAAUCUGGAGAACUUACUGCUGGCUGUUGUGAAAUGUGCCAAGAGUGUCCCAGAGUUUUUCGCUGAAGGCCUGUAUAAAUCUAUGAGGCGUGCUGGGACUGAUGACUACACCCUGAUGAGGAUCAUGGUGUCGAGGAGCGAGGUGGACAUGUUGGACAUCAGAACUUGCUUCAAAAAGAAAUAUGGAGCAUCUCUUUACACCACCAUCCAGGAGGACACAGCUGGGGACUACCAGAAGGCUUUACUGUACCUCUGUGGUGGGAAUGAUUAAUGGUGUUUGAGUGUGUUUAGCAGCACUGAAUGAUGAGCUGCUGCGGGACACAGAUCCACAUGUGAUGAGGUUAUUGACCUGGAGUGGUUGAUUCUGUCUGACUUUGGCUUGCUAUUGAUUGAGUUAGUGUGAGAAACCCCCUUGACGUUUUUUGAAUUGUGACAAAAUACCUCUGCAAGAACUGCAGUUAAAGUGUUGUAUCUGCUUUUGGUUUAACACAUACACCGAAAACAGCUCAAUGUCGAGUACAGGUUUUGUUUUUAGUGUAGUCAAUAAAGGUAGCUAUGUUGAAAAAUAUAAAUAUUUGCUUAUUUUCUAAACUUUUCCUCCUGUUUUGAAUACAAUUGUUCACACAGCUGUUUCUAAUACUCACAGCGUGUGUAAAAUGCAGCUUAAAAAACACAAGACGGCUGCUGAAUUAUUAAACGGGACAUUUCCACAGCUCUCCUGCUUUCAUUCAUUACAAAUGAACCGCUGACUUGGAUUACAAUAUCGAUGUCAGUGAUCAAUAAAUAAUGUGACACUAUUGGACAUUUGUUGACCAAAGACAUCCACGACCUUGAUGUCUUUCUGCAUGAAAAGGACUAAUGUAAAACAAAUUGGGUCUUAAGAUCAAUAGCUUUUUGUUGGAGUUGAACCACAGGGUGGCAGCAAAGUCUGAAUUGAACUCACUCUUUUCAUUCUCAGAGACUAAAGACUAUUAAAUACCACUAAAUGUAAUCCGCUUUUACUUUGAAAAUCACAUUUGAUCUGUAUGUUGUCUCCCUUAAUGUCAUGUUGUGCUAUUUAGAAAAAAACUAGGUUUUACAAAGUUCCCGUUAACCAAACACUAUAUUUUAAUAGCUUCAGAGCUCACAUUGUUUUUAAAUACUUUUUAU